AUAAGAGCCAGGCGGUCCUCGCUUCCCAGCGCCCGACUUUUCAUAGGCCGAGGGAUUUUCAUAGGCUGGGCUUGGGAAACUUGACAUUGUCUUGGGCAGAGUGCGUGUAGCAACAGAUCAAAGAAAAGAGGACGCAAAACGUGCUCUUGGCUGCCUGUGGAUUUCGCCGAGUUGCUUUUGUCUUGCGAGCUUCUGUCGCGUACUGCUGUUGCCCCUGUGACGACCGCGGCGUGGGCUUCGAUGCAGCUGGCUCCCUACCGGAUGGGUCAUGGAAUUCUAAACAUGAGGCAGAUAGCUGAUCAGCUUCCUUGGAUUUUGCUGAUGACACAGGAGAGCUUUGCCUGAAGAUGGAAACACUGGAGUCGGAGCUGACCUGCCCUAUUUGUCUGGAGCUCUUUGAGGAUCCUCUCCUGCUGCCCUGUGCUCACAGCCUCUGCUUCAACUGCGCCCACCGCAUCCUGGUGUCACACUGUGCCACCAACGAGUCUGUGGAGUCCAUCACCGCCUUCCAGUGCCCCACCUGCCGGCAUGUCAUCACGCUCAGCCAGCGAGGUCUAGACGGACUGAAGCGCAACGUCACCCUGCAGAACAUCAUCGACAGGUUCCAGAAAGCAUCAGUGAGCGGGCCCAAUUCCCCCAGUGAGACCCGCCGGGAGCGGGCCUUUGACGCCAACACCAUGACUUCUGCUGAAAAGGUCCUCUGCCAGUUCUGUGACCAGGAUCCUGCCCAGGACGCCGUGAAGACCUGUGUCACUUGCGAAGUGUCCUACUGUGACGAGUGCCUGAAAGCCACUCACCCGAACAAGAAGCCCUUUACAGGCCAUCGUCUGAUUGAGCCAAUUCCGGACUCACACAUCCGGGGGCUGAUGUGCUUGGAGCACGAGGAUGAGAAGGUGAAUAUGUACUGUGUGACCGAUGACCAGUUAAUCUGUGCCUUGUGUAAACUGGUUGGGCGGCACCGCGAUCAUCAGGUGGCAGCUUUGAGUGAGCGCUAUGACAAAUUGAAGCAAAACUUAGAGAGUAACCUCACCAACCUGAUUAAGAGGAACACGGAACUGGAGACCCUUUUGGCCAAACUCAUCCAAACCUGUCAACAUGUUGAGGUCAAUGCAUCACGUCAAGAAGCCAAAUUGACAGAGGAGUGUGAUCUUCUCAUUGAGAUCAUUCAGCAAAGACGACAAAUUAUUGGAACCAAGAUCAAAGAAGGGAAGGUGAUGAGGCUUCGCAAGCUGGCUCAGCAGAUUGCAAACUGCAAACAGUGCAUUGAGCGGUCGGCGUCACUCAUCUCCCAAGCGGAACACUCCCUGAAGGAGAACGAUCACGCCCGUUUCCUCCAGACUGCUAAGAAUAUAACCGAGAGAGUCUCCAUGGCAACUGCAUCCUCCCAGGUCCUAAUUCCUGAAAUCAACCUCAAUGAUACAUUUGACACCUUUGCCUUAGAUUUUUCCCGAGAGAAAAAAUUGCUAGAAUGUCUGGAUUACCUUACAGCUCCCAACCCUCCCACAAUUAGAGAAGAGCUCUGCACAGCCUCAUAUGACACCAUCACCGUCCACUGGACCUCCGAUGAUGAAUUCAGUGUGGUCUCCUACGAGCUCCAGUACACCAUAUUCACCGGUCAAGCCAACGUCGUUAGUUUGUGUAACUCGGCUGACAGCUGGAUGAUCGUUCCCAACAUCAAGCAGAACCACUACACAGUGCAUGGUCUUCAGAGUGGCACCAAGUACAUCUUCAUGGUCAAGGCCAUCAACCAGGCAGGCAGCCGCAGCAGCGAGCCUGGGAAGUUGAAGACAAACAGCCAACCAUUUAAACUGGAUCCCAAAUCUGCUCAUCGAAAACUGAAGGUGUCCCAUGAUAACUUGACGGUAGAACGUGAUGAGUCAUCAUCCAAAAAGAGUCACACGCCUGAACGCUUCACCAGCCAAGGGAGCUACGGAGUGGCUGGAAACGUGUUCAUUGACAGUGGCCGCCACUACUGGGAAGUGGUCAUAAGUGGAAGCACAUGGUAUGCCAUUGGCCUUGCUUACAAAUCGGCCCCGAAGCACGAGUGGAUUGGGAAGAACUCUGCUUCCUGGGCACUGUGCCGCUGCAACAAUAACUGGGUGGUGAGACACAACAGCAAGGAGAUGCCCAUCGAGCCAGCCCCCCACCUCCGGCGCGUCGGCAUCCUGCUGGACUAUGACAACGGCUCCAUCGCUUUUUACGAUGCUUUGAACUCCAUCCACCUCUACACCUUCGAUGUCGCGUUUGCGCAGCCUGUGUGCCCCACCUUCACCGUGUGGAACAAGUGUUUGACGAUUAUAACUGGUCUUCCCAUCCCAGACCAUUUGGACUGCACAGAGCAGCUGCCAUGAGUACCUGGCCACAUGGAGCUGCUUUCUGGAGAGUAAAGAGGUUUGAGGCCACUAUGUAGGGGACUGAGAAAAGCACAGGCUUCAAGAGUGUGAUUAAAACUUGAGAAAAAUUGUCCAGAAAUCAGCUAAGAUAGGGCUCAAAAUGGAUACUUCUCUCCUUAUACUGUGUUUUGCAUUAAGUACAGGCCUUCAUAAUUUCUUUAAUUUUUUUUUCUUAUUUAGAGGAAAAUCUAUAGAUUAUUUAUAAAAGAAACAUAAUCAGGAUUACAAAUAACUCUUAGGAAUUAUUUGGCUUUGCACAUCAAGAGGCCCAUAAGUUUACCAUCUCUUUAGAACCUGUAUUUCAUCACAGUCUAUGGGCUUGCAAAAAAAAUAUUUUGUAGUUUUGUAUGUUUAUUCACUUUCUCGUACUGAUCCCAUGGUAGGUCCUGUCACCUCAACAAUGCAUCACAGAAUAUAUUUGAACCCAGUAGGGAAGUAAACAGGCUUUCUUACUCUGGUUUAAUUUGAAGUGUUUUAACUGCAAUGUCAGAAACUUGUCUUAGAUCAACCAGAAUGGAGAGCAAGAGAGGGAAUGAAAAAAAUUGACUUUGGACCUUUGACUUUGACAUGGCUGAAUCAUUGAUUAUCCUCGAAUGGCUGGUGGGAUAACGUUGGGAAGAAAGGUCCUGAAACCUUUGGCCAUAUUUUGCCCUGCUUCUCCCAGGGUUAAGGAUUCUAAGAGACCAUUAAGAAUGAGAUUGCAAUUGAAAAUAGUCACUUUGAAUCCUAUUGAUUAUUCCAAAAUUCAGGCUGAUUUGUGUUAUAUCAGAGAUAGGAUUCUGCUUCAUGGUAUAAAAUCUAUCCUUACUUUUAGUAGUUCUUUAGGCCUGUGAAAUUUCUUCACUACCUUUAAUAGUUGUUCUAUCCCCCCC